AACGAGCCACACAAAACAAACACACACGAGCAUUAGUUAGCUUGGGUGCUCCAGCAAUGGCAGUGACGGUGGAGAUCACGCAGAGAACGGUGCUCGAGCCCUCACGGGACUCGGCCCGCGGCGGCGGCAAGAAGGUCCCUCUCACCGUCUUCGACCGCGCCUCCACGGACGGCUACAUCCCGGCCGUCUUCGCGUGGAACGCACCGGCGCCGACCAACGACGCGCUCAAGGCCGGCCUCGUCGCCGCCGUCGCCAGGUUCCCGCACCUCGCCGGGAGGUUCGCUGCGGACGACCACGGCCGGAAGUGCUUCCACCUCAACGACGCCGGGGUGCUCGUUCUCGAGGCCACCGCGGACGCGGACCUUGCCGACGCGCUGGCGCACGACGUGUCCGCGCACAUCAACGAGCUCUACCCGAAGGCCGAAAAGGAACGUGCGAAUGCGCCCAUCUUCCAGGCGCAGCUGACGAGGUACGCGUGCGGCGGUCUGGUGAUCGGCACCGCCUGCCAUCACCAGGUCGCCGACGGUCAGUCCAUGAGCGUCUUCUACACCGCGUGGGCCAGCGCCGUCCGCACCGACUCGGCAGUCCUCAUGUCGCCGUUCGUCGAUCGCUCGGCCACCGUUGUCCCCCGAAGCCCACCGACGCCGGCGCAUGAUCACCGGAAUAUCGAAUUCAAGGGCGAGCUCAGUUGGAGCCACUCGUAUGGUGUCCUCUCCAUGGACAGGAUCAAGAACCUGGCCGUGCACUUCCCGGACGAGUUCGUCGCCGACCUCAAGGCCCGUGUGGGCACGCGCUGCAGCACGUUCCAGUGCCUCCUUGCGCACGCGUGGAAGAAGAUCACGGCGGCGCGGGAUCUGGCGCCAGAUGAUUUCACGCAGGUGAGGGUCGCCGUCAACUGCCGCGGCCGCGCAAAGCCUUCCGUGCCCAUGGACUUCUUCGGGAACAUGGUGCUCUGGGCGUUCCCGAGGAUGCAGGUUCGGGACCUCCUGUCCAGCAGCUACCCAGCGGUGGUCGGCGCCAUCCGGGACGCCGUCGCGCUCGUCGACGACGAGUACAUCCAGUCGUUUAUCGACUUCGGGGAGGCGGAGCGCGGCGUGAUUGAAGCAAGGUUUUGGUUACCGAAUGAGGUAAUUUUAUCGAGGGGGACUGAUAAAUGUGGUUACCACGGUUACCGAGAAAUACCGACAAAUACCGAGAAUAUUUCGAGCGAAUUUUAUAGUUGAAUUUUGAAUUCAAAUAAGAAAAUGAACGAAUAUUCAAACCAGAGACCUCUCAAAACAGGAACUAGGUUGCUACCAACAUGCCAUAACCAACUUUCAUUGCAUUAAUUAGACCCUACAUACCUUACUGUAAAUCGAGUGUUUAAAUUCAAAAAUUUCAAAAAAAUGGUAUUUUUUGCUCGGUAUGACGAUUUACCGAGGGGCACGGAAAUACGUGGUAACCAUGGGAAAUCUUGAAAUUUCGACUGGUAACCAAAACCUUGGAUUGAAGACGGCGGCGAGGAGCUGGCGUCGACGGCUGCGACGCCAGGCACAAUGUUUUGCCCUGACCUGGAGAUUGAUAGCUGGCUCGGAUUCCGGUUCCACGACCUCGACUUUGGCUGCGGGCCGCCCUGCGCGUUCCUACCGCCGGACCUGCCCAUCGAAGGAAUAAUGAUCUUCGUGCCGUCGUGCGACCCCAAGGGCGGUGUCGACCUCUUCAUGGCGCUCGAUGACGAACACGUCCGGGCUUUCAAGCAGAUCUGCUACUCCAUGGACUAAGCAUCCAGAGACCAUAUAUAUAGUAUACUCAUAUAGAUAUGCACAAGAGAGUAACACAACGGAA